AUGCAAAAUGAUAAUGUCAGUCUUACAGACAAUGUCAGUCUUAUGAACCUUUGCGAAUUUUCAUUUGAUAACUCUUCUUCACAAACUGCUGUUGAGUACUAUGUGGAACAAUAUAACAACGGAAGUCAAGAAAUUAAAAAGAAGUCAAUAACUUAUGAAGAAUUAAAGAUUGCAUACAACCGACUGAGUCAAAUUCUUCAGUCUGUAACUUGCUCGUCAAAUUGUGUUAUUGGACUAUUCGUACAGCCAUGUUUAGAGUUGGUUAUUGCCAUACUUGGAAUCAUGAAAACCCAAUGUAUCUUCGCCCCUCUGGAUGUGAAGAUUUCGACAGAUUUUUUCACAAGAAUGAUAAACAAAGCAGGAAUGAAGUAUUUGAUUGUACAUUCGAGACAACAAAAGACAGUGGAAGUAAAAUUUGGUAGAUUUAUCGAAAUAAACACAGACUUCAUGAAAUAUGCAUCAACAGAAAUUUAUCUCAAACACUUAAUUCUGUUUAAGAUAGCAGAAAGCUCGCAAAUCAGAGGAAUUGAUCUUAAUAUGUCAAAUAUUUCUUAUAUUGUUCAUACAUCUGGAACGACUGGUGUGCCAAAAAUAAUCACAGUACCUCAUAAAUGCAUUGUUUCAAACAUUGUGCAUUUAGCAAAAUUGUUUCAUAUCGAUAAAUCAAGUAAAGUUGCUAUGGUUUCACCUCCAACGUUCGACGCAAGUAUAGUAGAAAUGUUCAUUACAUUAUCGAAUUGUGCGACUUUAAUAAUACCCUCUGAAAUGAUAAAAUCGCAACCUUCUGAGUUAUUAAAUGUUUUAUUCAAAAAAGCGAAGAUCACCAUUCUUCAGGCAACACCUUCUUUGAUGAGAAGAUUCCAUAUUGAUGAUUUGAGAACUGUUGUGUUUAGUGAAACCGCAAGUUUGAAAUAUAUGACUUUAGGUGGUGAAUCUUGUCCAUCUUGCAAAAGUUUGAGAGAAUGGAUAAACCCUGAUGCAAUAAAUAUUCAAUCUGAUGAUUCUGCCAUUCCAAUAGGAAUUCCAUUAUGGAAAACAUUUUUUGAAGUAAGAGAUGAAACAACAAAUACGGUUUUGUGUACAAUUUCUUCGCCAGAGACUCCAGAUUGCAAUCUUUUUGAAUCAAAUUCCGAUAAGUCUUAUUCAUAUCAACAAUCUAACCAUCAAAGUGGUGCAGAUAAAGGUAUAACAAUUUGCGGGAAGUUGUUUAUAGGAGGUAAAGAUCGAUUUUGUCAUAUAUUGGGUGAAAAAGAUCAUGAAUUCAAAGACACUGGAGAUAUUGUUAAUGCUACUAUACAGAAUGACAAAACUUUGAAAUUGUCUUUUGUUGGAAGAUGUGACUCUAUGGUGAAGAGAAAUGGGAAGAAAUUGAACUUGUUGAGCAUGUCUAAAACAAUAUGUCGCAUUGUAAACAGCACAGUUUGUCAUGUAUUGCCAAUUUGCGACAACAUAAAAGGGGUACAGAUAGUUGCUUUCAUCUCACCUCUUAAAACUUCAAAAAGUAGUCAGUCAAAAAUGAUUUUUGAUAGUAGUUCUCAAGAUAUGAAGAGAUGGACAUAUGAAUGUUUCCAAAAGUUGACACUGGAACUUGAACCCUUCCUCAUGCCAGACAAAAUUAUUGCAAUUGAUAUGGUUCCAAUAACGUUGCAUGGAAAAAUUGACGAAAAUGAAUUGAAAAGAUUAUAUAUUGCAAAACAACAUGAAAAAGUCACAACCAUUACAAAGGAAAUUAUAAAUGAAGCAGUUAUUUCAAUAUUGCCGAUAGUCCUUCGCAAAGAUAUGACCAAAAUUGACAAUAUUCAGAAGUAUUCUGAAAAAAGUUUUGUGCAACUGGGUGGGGAUUCUUUUGCUGAAGUUUUGUUUCUCAACUGCCUGGAAACAUUUCUUGAAGCUCCUAUUUUUAAAGUUGAACCUAAUAUUAUGUCUAUACUACACAAUCACAUAAUAAAAGAAUUUGUUGAAUUAUUAGCAAAAAAAUUCAGAAUAUAUAAAGAGGAUUCUUGCUUGGAAUCACAAUCUAAAAAACGGAAAACAACAUUGACAGACACAAACAAUCCUGCAAUAAAUCACCUCAAUAGUUCAGAAAUGGAGGUUGUUGCUAUCGGUAGAGGACGAAGAUUAUACCAUGUUGCUAAAAACAAGAAUAGUGUUUCAACAUUGAAUACACUUCCUGCACAACAUAAUGUUCUUCACAAAAUGAAAUUGGUUUGGAAAUAUGAUACAGGAAAAUGCAUUGAUGCUUCACCAUUAAUUUCUUUCUACAAAUAUCAGGAUGGAAUAUGUUAUAUAGGAUCUCACAGCCAUUUAUUUUCUGCUGUUUCUUUGAGAACUGGCAGCAGCGUAUGGAAUCAUGAAUUACCUGACAGAAUAGAAUCAUCUGCUUGUCUAGUACCAGUCAACAAUGAAGGAGUCGUCUGUGUUGGUUGUAAUGAUGGUUGCAUUUAUUUCUUUGAAGCUUUAUGUGGUGAAAUUUCAUGGAAAUUUCAAACUGGAUCUCAUGUUAAAUCAUCUCCUUGUUGGUUGGAAGGAACAUCAUUUGUUUAUGUUGGGUCGCAUGAUGGAUUUUUAUAUUCAUUAGAUAUUGAAACAAGAAAAUGUCAAUGGAAAAUUAAUUGUGAUGGAGGUUCUGUGUUUUCUUCUCCUGUUACAUACCAGGCACCCAAACAGUCACUUGCUCUGGUCAUCAUUGCAACACUUGGAGGCAAAGUUUUGUCUCUCUCAGCUGUAGAUGGGAAGUUAAUUUGGAAAUAUAAUGUUGGGAAACCUGUAUUUUCAUCACCUUCUGUGAAUGAGUAUGGAGUCUGUGUUGGAUGUGUUGACUGCAUUGUUUAUUUCUUUGAUAUAAUCACAGGAGAAAAGUUAUGGUCCUUUCAAACUGAAUGUCCAAUAUUUUCAUCCCCAUGUUUUUCGGAAGACGGGCGAUCGAUAGCUGUUGGCUCACAUGACGGUUAUUUGUAUAAUAUCAACUCAAAUGAUGGAUCUCUUGUUUGGUCAACAAGAUCUUCUGACAAAUCACCAGUGUAUUCAACACCAUUCGUU